CAACAACAUAAACUAAGCUAGUCCGCUGAUUUUGAACUGACAACAGGUCAUUUAAAUACAUACUUUUGGAGGAGGAACAAUGGCAUCCAGCGAGAGAUGUAUGAAAGGAGACUUGUCAGAUUUUGCGGUACAGAUGAAAAAGUUGGUCAACUCCAAAGAACACAGUGAUCUAAAGUUCUUACUGGGGUCCAACAGGAAGACAGUGUAUGCACAUCGAUGUAUCCUGUCCUCCCGCUGUGCUGUCUUCAAGGCCAUGUUUGAGGAGCAAAACCAAAAUGCCAAGAAUUCUGGUGCUGACAAAGAUGUUCCGUUUGUGCUGUCAGACAUGUCUCCAGAGAUAUUCCUCACUAUGUUGGAGUUUAUAUACACCAAUUGUGUCCACCUAUCAUCCAAAAAUGCAAUAGACGUCCUGGCAACAGCUCUGGAAUAUGGACUUGAUGAUCUCAAGAAGUUGUGCUCCCAGUACUUGGUAGAAAACCUGACAGUGGGCAAUGCAUGUGACGUGUUGCAGGCUGCGGUCACAUACGGUCAAGACGACCUCAAGAACAAGACUGUAGAGUUCAUAGAGCAAAAUACAGUUAAUGUGUUCAAGUCGAAGGGUUUCCAGGAGAUUGGUGAGGAGGCAAUGUCGACGGUGCUGUGCAGCCACCUGCUUCAGAUGGACGAGAUGGACCUGUACAGAGCAGUCAAGGAGUGGGCCACUGUCAACUCUGUUGUGAUGGGGAAGCCAGUAGCUGACAUUGGUAAAGCUGUUGUUAAGUACAUCCGACUGCCUCUGCUGUCUCCUGAGGAACUCUCCACCUUGGAGACAGAGAACAAGAAGGAUGGAUUCAUUCCAGUUGACAGUUUUGCCCAAGCGUGGAGAUUCCAUGCCCUGAAGCACCCUGAGAAGGGCAACCUACUGACACAGAAGAGGCGGGGCACCAACGCUCGGGACUGUCACAAAUACCUCGAGUCUAAGUGAUGGCGCUGAGGGUUCAAUCUCCCACCAUGACCAGAAACUGCUGACACGCUGUGAUGUAGGAUUCUGUAAUCCUUGCCAUUUGAAAUAGUAUCACACAAUUAUUAGUAAGGCAAUUAUUGAUUAGCAAAAUGGUUGCAUGUGUGCUAAUACAUAUGAAGUGUAACCAAGCCAUUCCAGCUAUAAUAUUACUUCCAAUAAAAAAAAUGCCAAAAGUUCAUUUCAUGACCUAUACAGUUUGCUAACAAUGACUGCGGGCAGCAACAUUUAGCUGCGUGUGCAGCAAACAUAACUUGCUAGCACUAACCAAAAGAAAAAGAAUCAUGUUGAUAUUUUUUUACUCUCUAUUUGCCCAGUUAGGGUGCAUCCACUUUUAAAUAUAAUCCCUUGCAGUCACCUGUUUGACAGAUUCUGUUAGUAAUGGUGAUAUUUCAUUAUUUCAAGUGACGAGGAUUCACAAAGUGGCACUUGUAACCCAGGCCUUGUCAGGGAGGUUUUCAAUGUAUUUAUUAAGAAUUGUAAAUACAAUUAUCUAUACAUUUUACAUGAAACUUUGGAACAGAGCAUUUAUAAUUAUUUGUUCCAACUGAUUGCCACAGCAUUUCAUCUUAUUGAUUAUAUUGCCAAAAUGAAUUAUAGCCAGUUUUUCAUGUCCAUUGUGCACUGCUUUACCAAUCUGUACACAUCAGCUGCAGCUGGUGGUAUUGUGUUGAUGUUCAUAUCGACGGUUAAAAACCUGAUGGGAGUUUUACAGUUUAAUAACGUUAUUAUUAGUAAAUCACAUGAUAUAUUUAUUGAUUGUGUUUAGCCGUCUGAUAUUCAACAGAAUUCAUUUCCUAUCAGAAACUGUGCCAAAAGUUUCUAUAAAGUCAUCGGUAUUACAGUAUUUCUGUGCUGUCCUAUUUCGUAGGAUGAUUUAGUUUGAGUACCUACUGUACAGCCAGUAUGAAGGACAAGAAUAUGUGUAAUGUGUGAAUAAGACAAUUACAGCAAAUACCUGAUUGGUAAUGUGACGCUGCUGUUGUUUGUACCAAGACACCACCAGGUAAGCAGUUGGUUGAACAUGCCUGUGUAUUUCACAAUGAAUGUCCAACAGUUUGCCACAGUGGAUGUAUUUACCAUUUAGAGUAAGAGAUUCAAUUAGCAGUUGUUUCCUCUGAGUAUGUCUUGUAGUAACCAUUUGAUAGACGUACAUAAUAGGAAGGAACUGUGUCAUGUCUUCAUUUCUUUGGCAGUAUCAUUUAAACUUCAUGACAUGAUUUCAUCAGCUAUCAGCUCAUAAUGCUAUAUUUCAACUGUCUCUGAGGGUCAGUGUCUAGUUAACCUACAAUCAUGCACUUUGAUACUGCUCGCAGGAGAGGAAGCCUUUCUGUCACCACUAUGAUGUUUGUUGCUGGGAAUGAUGUUGUGAUGAGAUGUCUUGUUACAUUGUGAGAGAUAUACAAUAUUUCUGAGGAUAGUCAAGACUGAGUAUUGUGGUGCACUGACGUCCUAUUUAGUUCUCCCUGUUACCCAGUUUCUGCCCCUACUUUACUCAACUAUUGUAGCACUGUGGGGAGAGGGAGAGGAAGGGCAGUUGGAUCUAUUACAAGUGUGGAUGGGGCAGAGGCUUCAGAUGCACCACCAUUGGGAAAAAUAAUGACCCUCUCCAAAUGCUUGUCACAUUGGGAUGACCCUCCCUAUGUCCUUGUAUAUAUUCUCAUGACACUCCCCGAAGAGACAAACUGCAAAUGAACUUUGUAUUUUAUUAUUAAAUGUGUGUGAGUUUUUCUUGACCCUGCCCAAAUAUGUGUAUUAUUUAUCAUGACCCUCCCCUAGGGUCUGUCAUAUGUUUAUCCUCCCUUAAAAAAGAUGAAGGUUUUAUACUGCACAACGUUAUUGCUCCUUAAGCUGGGGUAGGGGUAGUACAGUAGGUGUUGUUAUUUGUUUGUAGAAUGGCAGUUUAGGGUUCACUUCCCAGAUCUGCCUGUCCUUCAGGUGCAUUUGCCAUGCACUUGUUUUCACCAAAGAAGAUAACAUAACAGACAUAAGUCACUGUGGGCUCCAAGAACAUACUGAAGGCCAGAUACAACCGAUGUACAUGUUGACAUUUAACCCAACUCACUCACUCACUCUGUAACUAAGACUAGUUAAGUCAUGCAACACGAAGGAGAAAGUGAGUCAGAUGUUGAGUGUAACACCUGGACAUUAAUUGGGGCUUUGUUUACACAGUAAACAUUGUUUGUGAUGUUUUUAUUCCAGAUUAAACCUGCCGUGGAGUGAUUGUGCUGACAAAAAGUUAUAAAGAUUUCAAUUUCACUUUUGUGAAUUUUUCUGAUUCACAGGAAUAUGAGACUGUUUAUCUCUCACUGUGUGUGAAUUAUAUUUUGUAUUAAAACUGAUGUACAUGUUA